AAAAAUAUAAAAAAGGAAAAAACAAAAAGUGUUUGAAUAAUUUUCAUUCUGUGUUUUUUUUUGUUUUUUCUUUCUCUCUAUACAAAAAAUAAUUUUUAAAUAAUUUUUUUAUUUGCAAAUUAAAAUUAAAACCUCAUUUCAGACAUCAAAAUAUUUUGAAAAAUCUAAUACACAUACAUACAUACAUAUUUGUAAUUCAAAAUGAAAGUAAUAAUUGUUUUAUUAUUUGGUUUAAUAUUAACAUUAACUGUUAAUUUAACAGAGGCAAAAAAGAAGAAAUAUGAAGGAGACUUUGAGUUUGUUGAUGAGGAUGACAAACAAAAUCUCUCAAAUGAGAAUCCAUCUGUAGAGAAAAAACGAUAUAUUCAUGAUCCUUCCAGUGAUCUUUGUCGUCCACUCAAUUGUAAGAAACGUGAAAUUUGUUUAUUGGAAGAUGAAUUUAGUGCUGUAUGUGUUUCUAAAAAGGAACUUCAUAAAAACAAGGAUGAAAUUCUAACAAAAUCAAAAUAUAUGAAAGAAGAACUUAAACGAAAAUCAAAUCAAAUAAAGGAAACUGCUAAAGAACAGGAAACCGGAAAUUCUGAUGAAAAUUCAAAAGAAGAUGAUGUAUUUUAUGAGAAUGAUCCAAAUGAUAGAAAUGAAGACAAUUGUAAACCAUGUCCAAUUGUUAAACCAGUAUUCUUAUGCGGAACCGACAAUCGUACAUAUUCAUCACUUUGUCGCUUAGAUUAUCAUAAUUGUAUACAUUCAACUUCAAUUAGGAUAGCAUGUAAAGGAUUCUGUCCUUGUAAAGAUAAUAUGAAAUUACAACGUUUGAAUGCAAAACAAAAUAAUGUUAAACAUAAUAAGAAGCUUGUAAUGCGUGAACAAAAUAAUGAAUUAAAGGAUAUGAAAUAUGAGGAUGAUAACAAUCAACAAUUAAAUCACAUUGAUUCACAAAUUACAUUUACGCCUGAGGAAAUAAAAUACGAUAACAAACAUUAUAAAUAUUUGAAGUAUAAUUCAUUUAAAAAGGAUAUGCAAGAGGAUAAACAUAAAUCCAGAGGCUAUAACGAAGUUAUUGAUAAAAAAUCAAAUAAAAUACCAAAUACAAAUUCAAGAUAUCCAUCAAAAUCGAUUGAAUGUAAACCCCAACAAUUGACAGCAAUUGGUAAUCGACUUUUAGAUUGGUUUUCAGUAAUAAUGGCUGAUAGUAAAAAAAGACGUCAACAUAGUCAAAAAUCAAAAGCUCAUUUUCCACCAGCAUGUAAAGCAGAAGCAAAAUGGAUGUUUGGACAUUUGGAUUUAAAUAAUGAUGGUUAUUUAUCAUUACAAGAACUUUAUGAUUUAGAACAUGAUCAAAAUGAACGUUGUAUUAAACCAUUUAUUGAUACAUGCGAUUUGGAUAAGGAUAACACAAUUAAUACACGUGAAUGGUGUAGAUGUUUUGAAAGAACUGAUCGUCCCUGUGCUGCUGUAAGAAGACGUAUUUCUGGUGAUUAUAUUGGUGAAUAUGCGCCAGAUUGCGAUGCUCAAGGUUUUUAUAAACCUACACAAUGUCAUAAUUCAGUUGGUGUUUGCUGGUGUGUUGAUAAACAUGGAGUAGAGUUUGCUAAUACACGUACUAGAGGAAAGCCGAAUUGCGAACAUCUAAUUAGUAACGCAGCAUCUAUAACAUCUGACGAUGAAGAUGAAGAAAUUGAUGAUGAUGACAGUACGGAAGGGAGUGCAGAUCAAUUAUUAGUAUUUUAAUAAGAAAAAUCACCAAAAAUUUAAGGAAAAAAAAAAACAAAAUAUAACUUUUCGCUACGUAAAAUAAAACAAAAAAAAAAAAAACAAUAUAU